GUUUUGUCAACAAAUGGCAUUAGAAAAAAGUUUUGUCAAAAAAAUUAAAUGAUAAAUUCAAGGGACAAGGAGAGAAAAUAAAAAGUAGCCGAAAAAAUAGUUUUACCCUAUCAACUCAAACAUAGAACAAAGAAUUGAAGGGGAAACAAGGAAAAUUUUCUGAAAUCAUAACAAAUCAUUAUUGUUUUCCUCAAACAAAUCAAUCGUCAUUGACUCUAAUUCUUCCAAAUCACCAACAUACAUUUGCUUGGUGUUGUCAUUUAUGGUGAAAAAUUUAAGAAAGGAAAAAAUAUGAAUAGAUUCAUAAAUGUCCAACCUUCUGAGCUCAAAUUCCCAUUCCAAUUAAACAAGCUCAGCACAUGUUGGAUGGAAUUAUCCAGCAAAACGGAUAUUAAUGUUGCUUUCAAGGUUAAAACAACACAUCCUAAAAAAUAUUGUGUUCGUCCUAAUUCGGGUUUGAUCUCUCCUGGCUCAAGUUGUGUUGUUAAAGUUAGUAUGCAGGCUCAAAAGGAUUAUCCUGCUCCUUUGCCAAAAGACAAGUUUUUAGUUCUAAGUAUGAUUGCACCAGUUGGUAUGAAUGCUGAAGAUAUUACAUCUGAAUUGUUCAGAAAAGAGAAAGGCUAUGAUGUUGAAGAGCUUAAGCUGAGGGUAGUUUUUGUUACCGCGGAUCCACCAUCACCCAUAGCUGAAGUUUCGGAAGAAGAUUUUUCUCCCGAAGCACACGAACUUCAGAAAUCGGAGCGUAAUAAUUAUAUAAUGGACUUAUUUGAUGCUGCAACAAUAAGCAUAGGUGAGUCUGAAGAUCAAUUUUUCAAGGAAUCAAACGCUGAUAGAGAGGACGAGGAGGAGCUUUUUCUGGCAGCAGAAUCUUCAUUUGAAUCCGAGAGAAAGCUUUCACAGGAUUGGGAUAGAGUUUCCAAGCUGAUUGAGGAGAGAUCAUUUAUAAAGCUUGAAAACCAGGAGCUGCAAUAUGAAGCGGAAAUGAUAAGGAAACGGAUCUACAGGAGUAGCAGCAAUCAUGGUGUAAUUCUGUUUGUGGUGUUAGCCUGUUUCCUCGGCAUUGUGGUUGGUUAUGUGAUUAGGUAGACUUUUCCAGUACCAUUGGUAAAAUUUUCUUCACCACUCUGUAAACAAGGGACAACUUCAUUUUAUGUCAUGAAUAGGUUGAAUUUGUAACAUCAUCUUUCUUACUAUUAAAACUAGUAUUUUUAGUUUUAUACUUCUGCUUCUGCCCAUUGUAUAGAACAUGUUCAUGUCUGAACAUUUAUUUGUUUUUCAAUAAAUGGUCUAGUUCCGAAAA